UAAGUUGACAUUGGAUAGUGUAAAUAAAAUAAAUUACCUACCUAUAGUAAUGCAAAUAUAAAUUUAGAAGUGAAAUAUGAAUAAGAAAAAACGUACUUGUAAAUGCCACAAAUUGCAGCAUGUGUGUAAGAAACUCAACAUCAAAGAUAUUAGAGAUGUCAUCGAAAAUAUAGCCUACUGUUCUAAAAAAUUAAAACCAAGUCGACCUCCUGUAUAUAAGACCAGACAGUUUAAGUCUCGUCACCCUAAGGAACCAUGUAUCCCCAUGACACCAUCCGUGCAUACGAGACUAAGAUAUAUUGGACAUUGCGAUACAGAACCACAAAAGAUCCCUGCAUCGAGAGCAAGCCAACCAUAUGUGGGUUUGGAUUUCGAGACAAUAUCUGAAGACAGCAGCAAACCCUGUAGACAUAGGGGACCCUGCUCCUGUGGAAAAAAGUGUGUGCGGUAUUCCGAUUUGAUUUCUGGGGACAUCACUUUGCCACCGGUUGAACGAACUAUAAAACACACACCUGAUGAUACAGAGAUACUUAAGGUUCCGAGUCCAACGACCAGUGGAGAAGUUAUAAGCGCAGAAAAAGUGAAGUACACAAAAGAUCCUGAUUAUGUGCCGCCUCUACCAUCACAAAGUGAACACCAGCUAUAUCGGCCGCACAGUGGUAUCAUAGUGAACAGAGACAAAUACUUUGUACCGUCUGUAAUACACUUUUCGGCUCCUACAAGAGUGCCACAGGGGAAACCAACUAAAGCCAGGCUGCGCCGUACACGAUGUCACAGAAAAACCUGCCCGCUUUUCCAAGAACAAAAAAAGAAAAGAAAAUCGAAGCGUAAACGGAGAUUGCGUUUAGGUGGCAAGCUGAGAGGAAAAGAGGCGGCUCGCGUACAUGGCAGAGACGAUGAUUCUGUGUGUGGCGUUGAUGAAAUACCCAAACCAGAACAUGUUCAUAUUCCUACGUACCUCAAGCGCGGCUCGCUCAAGACGCACUCAAUGACGGUUGUGGCGUGCGUGCCGCAGCGGCGAGCGGACACGCACUACGGCAUACUCACUGGAUCAUACAAUAUGUUCGACUCCAAGUUCGGCAAGUCUCGCGGCAAACAAGCUGUUACAAUGAGCGUGAUGGCAUACUGUCUGGCGUUCCACUACCACCCCAAACAGUGGACGACCCGCUUGAUAGACAGCGUCAUGGAGGUCGGGGAUAAAUGGUACCUUCAAUGCCUUGAGAAUUUGCACGACCAUUCCUCAGUGAUGGGUAUGUGUGAAGUGUUGCCAUUUAACAAGAAACAGACGUUGGUGUUGAACGGGAAGCGAAUGCGAGUGCUACUUGGCGAGCCCGAUAUAGUCGGGUACACUCUGUCCAAGGAUCCGACAGUUUACAAUCUAUGUAAAGGACUCAAAGCCUUCUUUAAUGAAAAUCGCGCUGGAGUAUUUCUUUCGAGAGUGCUCAAGGUUAUGAUAUGGAAAGACAGUAUCUGCUACUAUAUUUUCGACCCGGCCGGAAGAGAUAAUAGAGCAGUCUCAGAUUUUACUAACGGAUUCGCCGCGCUCAUGAACGUUAAAGACUUGAAGGCCGUAGCCGAUUUACUCUUAGCUCGGACCAUACUCGACGACCAAAAGUACGUGCUAGCACCCGUUAAAAUUCUCAAAAUGGCGGACGAAAAGGCGAAAGAAGGUUUUGAGUCCGAUCCGGAGUUAACUCAGGCGGAUAAAGUUAUUAUGGGGUAUCGAAUCCUUGCGGACAACACUGGUAUUGUCAACGGUAGUAUGCACGCAGGAGACAAAUCUUUCGACGACGCUAAGUUUCGUCAAGCGUUACCGAUUUCAAUCGUCGCAAUGACGUACGCUAAAAUCUCUCCACCUAACACGUGGUUUUCGAAAACCAUAGACAAGAUUUUACGGUUGGGCACCAAACUGUACAGAGACUGCUCGCAUCCGAGAGUAAUCAUAGAUUUAACCAUAGACAAUAUACCGAACGAAAUCACGAUUGGGCCUUUCGCGUGCGAAAUAAUUAUAUACAGAGAUAGAGUUAAGGGGCAGCUGUUUACUACGAAGGAGUGCGUUUUGAAUAUCAAAACGGGAUUGGAUGAGUUCUUUAGUCACGGAUACAACAGCGGUAUUAUAGAGUUCGCUAACUAUUCGUUAGCUGUGUGGCGUCAGAGAGAAAUGUUCUACCUUUUCGAUCCCUACCCUCGCUCGCAAGAUGGCCUAAGAACAUUCGACUCGGGUCACGCUUGCUGUUUCAUGCUGCUCGAUACGGAGGCAACCGCUGAAGUCUUCACUAAGAUAUGGGACUAUUUACCGCCGACUACACAAUUCUAUAUACACGCCUUCAAAGUUUUAAGACUGAAGAAAAAGGAACUAAAGAUGCGUAUAACAUGCACACUGAGUGAUACAAAGUUGCACGGACACAAGAAAGUCAGGCGUCAAGUCUUGCACGUCAGUCACGCGAAGGGCGACAGCCAGAUUCUAUGCUACACAUACCCAGACAUUGAAAAUAACAAAGAUAAAGUUGGGGAACAAGUAGACGAAGAGAAGCUAGGUGAUAUAAUGUCGCUAAUAGACAGCGUGCAAGAUGAUUAUCUGCCGCCGAUAUCGCCACAAUAUAAAAAUACGGCACCCGGGCCCCUGGAAGAGAAAAUAAUCGACCUGUGCUCGCCGUCGGUGUCGGCGACGCAGGUGGUGUCGGCGUGGCCGAAGCCCCGCGACAAGACGGCGGAGCCCCCCGAGCCCGACCCCAGCCCGGACCCCACGCCGCCCUCCACGCCCAGUGUGGCACCAGAGGAAGAAGAAGGAGAGGAAGAAGAGGAGGGAGAAGAGGAGAAGAUGAAAGAAGAGAAGAAGAAGGAGCUCCCGCCGCCGCUGCCGCCGCCGCCGCCCUCGCCGCAGUCAGACUCCGACCACGAACUUGCCCCGGCUCCACCAAUACAAACUGUGGAAGAAGUCGAAGCUGUCCCUCUAGAACCACCGGUCAAAGUAGACCGGGAGAUACUACCCAACGAGGACACUCAAUACAGAACCAAACUGAGAAAGUUGCGAAGGAAAGUUACUGAUCCACUCACCGAGGACCAAGUCCGGUCGAGCGCAGUAGAGGAUUUGGCAAAACCGAGUAAUUUCAAGGAGUUACCGGAUAAGUCGCACAUUAUACGCGGAUCGACGGCCAUUUUGGACCCACGCGCGACGGACAUACUACCUUUCGUCGCCAUCUUGGCUAUAGUGACGUCAUACAAGUAUACCGUCAGUACGUGGACGCCCGGAAUUGUAGAUUUCAUAGUGAAGACCGGCAAGAUGCUGUAUGACAAGAAAAAUGCGAGAUUCCAACUCGCGCCCGCACAUAUUAUACCGCAGAUUACUAUUGGCAAAGAGACUUACUACGCCAACAUCGAUGUCGUGACAGAAGGUGUAACGUGGCAGCUGGAAGACAUAUUGUUGUGUAAAUUCUUCAACAAACACGACAGAGGCCUGCUAACUACAUCUACGUACAGUUGUGCGAUUUUCCAACGAAAUAACCUGUUUUACUUGUACGAUGGCACCCCCUGUAACCCAAUGGGACUGCGACAAGACGAUAAGGGAAAAGCUUGCUUGCUGCGGUAUAGGAAUCUACACGAUCUUGUUACGAGGAUUGCAAACAACAAGGGCGGAACUACUAAUGACCAGCAAUUCAUACUCAGUCGCGUUAUUGUGAGAAGACUCAUAAAACAGUCUAAAUCGAACUACUCCAGAGAUGUCUCUCCUAAAUCGCGAAAAUCUAGGUCCUCGGCUCACGGAAGCGCGACUCACAUCACUGAAGCUCGCAGGAGUUCAUCCCUGCACGUCACCUUAUCCGACCCUAAAAGUCAAACGGUCUUAGGUUACCAGCAGGUGAACGACGAAGUUAAAAUCCAGGGCACGACGGCUCUGAAAGACUACUGCAUCAAAAGUUCGGACGUGAAAGCCUGCCACUUCGUCAGCCUGAUCGCCAUGCUCAUGGCUACCAUGCAUCCCCUCCACACGUGGGACCACACGAUGGUCGAUAUUUGCAUCGAAAAGGGCCUGGAAAUAUACGAGAAAGCGGCCAAUCUGAGCCCGUGCGAGAAAAGAAUAAUCAAAAAUAUUAUACUCGACGGAAAAAUUAUAAACUUAAACUUGAAGAGGAUCGUUGUGAUCAAUGAAAAUCCUGAAAAACUUUUGGAACACUAUUUAAAUGGCGUUCUGAGUAGAAUGAAAUACGUCAUGGUCAGAUUCGAUACGGGCACGUUGGUCGUGUGUAAAAUCGACGGUCGCUACCAUGUCUUCGACCCGUACCCCUCGCCUUCAAAAAAAAGGAAUUGGAAGCAGUCUUCAGAUUCGAGUGUAUCGAGUAGGAGGGGGGUCUCGCGCAAAUCGAGUAUUCCCAAGGCAGCAGUCCAAGACCAAACCGGAAAUUUUGCUGGCUGGAUUUUAUACGAAACUCUGGAUCCGUUGAUCGACAGAAUCAAGAGAGCCACCAAGGAGACCGACUCCCCGGAAUUUUACACCUUCGAGUUGACGUCGGUGAAAGCGGCUCCCAGACAUGCAGCUCUAAAUUAUAGGCUCAGUCCCCUAUUUAAGCCCGACGAGAGUCCGAACGUAUCGUAUCUGAAACCGCGAAAAGUUAAACCCGUAGUAAACGAGAAGAUGUAUUGGUUGAAAAUUAAAACGGUGCCCUGGUCUAGGGUAAAUCCGUGCAACGACCUGGGAAUUCCCCGAAGAAUUGCGAAAUCGCUCUGGAACGAUUGGGAUAUUGAAUUUGCGGGAGAUCUCUACUCGCUGUGGGGGACGAUACAUCCUAGGGAUUCGAAAUUUGACGAAAGUCAUCGCGGCAAGCAGUACCUGGCGGUAUCCGUCGUCGCGAUAGUCAUGACGAAGGCUUGCAAACUGAGCGCCUGGACGAGCAGCCUCCUGGAUGGAAUCGUGGAGAUCGGUGACAAAUAUCACAAAAAAUGUUCAUCAAAACUGGGAAAAAACCAUGAAUUGAAACUGGACGAUUUGAAUGCCAAUUUCGACGAAAUGUAUCCAUAUUCUUUUACUGUAAAAUUUGACGAAAUAAUUUUUGGAUUCAUUUACAACAUAUACCCGGACCGAUUCAAUUUGAGCCGAGCUCUAGUUUAUUUUUUCGAAAAGAACAUGUUGGGCAUUUUAAUAAGCCCAGCAAAAAAUCUGGCAUUUGGUAAAGUAGGCAACUCAUAUUUUAUGUUUGAUUGUCAAAGUUUUGGAACUCCCAUUUUUAGUCCUGGACAAGGAGCAUCCUACAUUUUGAAAUGUGAGAGUCUCAAUCGACUUGUGUAUUGUAUGACAGUCACUUUAAACAUCAAGCGCCAUGAGCAACAGUUCCACUUGUUUAGCGUCUCUGUUACACUUAAUGAGAGAAAUAAAUAAAUACCGUUAUAAUAUA